AGCGCUCUGAUUUGUCAACAAUGUCGGUGAUGCAGUGCUGACAACAAAUUAAUUUUUACGUUGAUUUAUAACUAGAUCUACUAGAUCUAGAAAUCUAGCUGUUUACUAAUUUCGAACUUAAAGUUUGCAGGGAAAUGGCAUUCCUCUACUUGUUAAGUUGGAUUGCUUUGCUUAUCCAGCUAUGCAUCAUCACACUUUCAAUCGCUGCAGGGCUCUACUAUUUAGCAGAAUUAGUUGAAGAAUACACAGUGAUGGCUGGGAAAAUCAUUAAAUACCUUGUUUAUUGCACAAUUUGUAUUUACAUUGGCAUGCUGGUUUUUGAAGAUUUUGGAGUAACAAUGAUUGGUGGAGGACUUGCCAGCUGUGUCGCUCAUUUGUUUAUUCUUCAGAAUUUUCCAUAUUUCUUUUUGUCAUCCCCCUCAUUCAUCAGUGGGGUGGUGCUCUUGUUGAUUAACCACUACUUGGCAUUUUCACAUUUUUCAACACAUUAUUAUCCUUUUACAGAGGUUCUUGCGUACUUCACGCUGUGCUUGUGGUUGGUUCCUUUUGCAUUUUUUGUCUCACUCUCAGCCAAUGAGUUUGUUUUACCAACUACAUCAGGUGCAGGAGUCUUAGAAACAGAUGACAGUGACGUAGUUAGCAAUUACUUUAGAAAGAAUAAAAAGAAACUUGGGCUGUUGUCUUUCCUUAAAACAGCCCAGGAGAGUGUUUUACCCCAGAGGAUGAGGAAACAGUUUUAGACCAGAUUUUAUUCUCUUAUGGAUUGGGCAACUUCUUUUAUUAUCAUAGGAAAGUUUUUCAUCAGAAUUUGUAAUUUUAUAAUACGUUGAGAUAGUUUUUUUAAUGAUGUAAAAACUGGUGUAUAAGAAUGUCUUGGACUGCUUUUAGUGUGAUUUAUUAUUUUGUUUUACAGCCAACCAUAAUUCACUUCCUUUAGUCUGAACCAGCAGGAUUAACCCGGCUUUGUAUUCACUCAUUACAUCCAUUGGCAGAAAUGUCUUCUCAGCUAGGCACCUGUUGCCAUGACUUCAGAAAUGUCUUAGACUGGGGUAGGCAUCUGUUGCUAUGACUAUGCAGGAAGGUGUUUGUAUUUCUCAUAUUAAUUCUAUAAAUUCAUUUCAUUCAUUCAUUUUGGUCAACUUUUGCAUUUGUUGAUCUUAAAAAGAUACAUACUAGUAUUCUUGAAUUCUUUGUUUAACUUUUUGUGCUGACAUCAAUUAUAAAAAUAAAAUCAGUUUAAACUUUUAAACCCUACAGAUACAUUUUAAAAAAUGUAUUAUUUGGGCAAGUUUUCUCUCUUGUUUGUGAGAAAAGUAUUUAACAUGUGUGCUAAGAAAUGAAGUGUAGGCCUAUAGUUAGUAUAAUGUAAGUUGUAAGAUGUCUGAUUUCCAACUUGGGUUAGAAUUUGGGUGUAGGCCUAUAGUAUAAUGUAAGUUGUAAGAUGUCUGAUUUCGGUAAUCUAUCGUUUUAGGUACGUAAAAUCGCCCGCGACUAGUAAUGUGAAAGACAGGUGACUCCUUGAAUUUUAAUAAUUAUUUCACAUUUUGAGGAGGAUGUAUGUUUUGAAAAAUACAAAAAUGAUUCCUUGUUUCAUUUAUGUACCUGUUUUUAAACAACUGAAUUGAAACUUUUCAGUAAUAAAUGAAGACUAGCGAUGUUUCCAACAGAUGCAACCAUGCUCAUUUACUAUAGCAGCCAUCUUGUUUAAGUUCUUUUUUUGCAAACUUAAAGCGCCAGAUUCAGGGGAAGGCAACUCUAUUUUACAAAUGGCUGCUGUUUAUAUAGGAAAUCUUGCUCGCAAACACUGCUAUUUAAAGUUAAUUUCUGGUCUAUAUUGAUAUAUUUAGCCAUUGAUUUAGGUUUAUUAUUCAUUUAUCUAUAAUAUUUGACACAAAUAUAUCACAAUAUACUUCUAUUAAAGUAGGUAGUCCAAACUGGCGAAAAAGUGCGUUUUAGGGUCAGUUUUUGCGGUUUUCAAAAAAAAAAAUUUCACUACUUCUAGUUGUCCUAUAAGAAUAAAAAUUAUAUGUCAAUAAAGUUUAAGUCUUUAUCUGUCGUAAUCUGGUAUUUUUAUAUCUGUAACACAUGUCUGAAUGUGUUUUAUAUUUGUUUGAAAAGUAUCAGUUACGUCAACAAAUUUCACCGUUUUGCGUGUACCGAUCGACCCCACACUGUUUUAUUUGGUCGCGGCUUCGCGACGAAGCAUCGUAGAAGCAUAAUCUUAAUGUCAUUUUAAAGAUCGAAUUCUAGGCUAUCGUUUGAUGUAUAAAUUGAAAAAAUAACUUGUUUAUUUCAUUUAAAAAAUACAGAUUUUAAACUUUAAAUGACGAUAUAUACACGGAAACAAACUAAUUCUGUUUCAAUUUUUACACCGAUGUAAAGUUCAGUUUUAUAACUACUUUGUGUUGUAAAUUCAAGUAUUUCUGAUUUACGGUCGCGAAGCCGUACCCCCAAUAAACAUAUAACCCUCGAGUCGACUUUCAGCCCCGAGUAAGUUGCUCGCCGAACGGUUUUAAAGGUUGACGACCGAUGAUGCUAAACGGAUUUUACCCUUGCUAGAGCCUUCAAACAAGUUCUGGAGACAUUUACAGUGGCCUAUCCAGAACUUUCCUUACAAGGGAAGGGAAGAAGGCCAAGACCCCACUCCCCCCUACAAUUCCCAAAACAUAUUACUUACUCUUGAAGCUCCACAAGAUCAAGGUUGAGGGAAACAAGACGUACAAAGAUGUGGAGUUGUAGUUUUAAAAACUGUUCCCCCAAAGCAGUUAUCAACCGUAUAGGUUUGAAAAGAAACCAAAGCAUGUGGCAUCAACUGCUGCAUCACUUGUAGG